ACAUUGUUGCAUCAGCAUUUGCCUCCCCGCAAUAUCCGGGAAACGUGUGUGCCGGGGUCCUAAAUAAAGACGGUACACAUCUGUAAAUUGUUGGAUUGUGUUACUUGUUCGUGCUUGUGAUUUUUUUUUUGUCUAAUUAUGGCGGGUGAGAGCGUUACCGAACAGAUGAAGGGUCUGAAAAUGGACGAGAAGAAGAAUAGCAAAGAUGGAGGAAAGAAGAAAAACAAGAAUGCUGGUGGAGAUGCGGGUGGCAGGGCUGAGUUGAAUCCUCUACCACAGUACAUCGAUGAGCGUCUGUCCGUUUAUAACCAGCUGAAGGCAGAACAUGAUGCCCUGCUGUCUGAGAAAGCAGCUAAAGACAGCAAGCCCAUCAAGAUCACACUGCCCGAUGGAAAAGUAGUAGAUGGGGAAUCCUGGAAGACCACACCUUACCAGGUUGCCUGUGGCAUCAGCCAAGGCCUUGCUGAUAAUACUGUAAUCUCCAAAGUGAACAAUGUGGUAUGGGAUCUAGACAGGCCCUUAGAGGAAGACUGCAGUCUAGUGUUUCUCAAAUUCGACGAUGAAGAGGCACAAGCAGUGUAUUGGCACUCCAGUGCCCACAUAAUGGGAGAGGCCAUGGAGCGAGUCUAUGGAGGAUGCCUUUGUUACGGGCCGCCCAUUGAGAAUGGCUUUUACUAUGAUAUGUUUCUUGAAAAUGAAGGUGUAUCGAGUAAUGAUUUUCCCUGUUUGGAGAACUUGUGUAAGAAAAUCAUCAAAGAGAAGCAGUCCUUUGAGAGGCUGGAGGUAAAGAAGGAGACUCUGUUGGAGAUGUUCAAGUACAACAAGUUCAAGUGCAGGAUCCUAAAUGAGAAGGUUACCACCCCAACAACUACAGUUUACAGGAUAGCUACCUUACAAACCCCAUAUGACUUGCUCUUUAAACUUACAUUUGUGAGCCAUGAUGGCGAUGACAAGAAGAGACCUGUGAUCAUCCACAGAGCGAUUCUGGGUUCAGUGGAACGCAUGAUCGCCAUCCUGACUGAAAACUAUGGGGGAAAGUGGCCACUGUGGCUGUCCCCACGUCAGGUGAUGGUGGUUCCUGUAGGACCCACUUGUGAUGAGUACGCCCAGAGAGUACAACAGGAUUUCCACAGGGGAGGGUUGAUGACGGAUGUGGAUCUGGACCCAGGCUGCACCCUGAACAAGAAGAUCAGGAAUGCUCAGUUGUCUCAGUACAAUUUCAUUUUAGUGGUGGGUGAGAAGGAGAAGAGCAGUGACACAGUAAAUGUUAGGACUCGUGACAACAAGGUGCAUGGAGAAAGGAGUCUGACGGACUGCAUGGAGCGACUCAAGGAGCUGAAGGCCUCAAGAACCUGUAACGCAGAAGAGGAUUUCUGAACUCCCUAAACAUCCUUCCAAGUCUUCCUUUAUAUGCCAUAUGCCCAGAUGCUACUGGGCAGCAGUGUGCUGCUAUUCUGCAUUGGUGAUCCAUAACUUCUCAACUUGAUCUGUGUGGUUCACGGGCUCAGGUUUUAAAUCAGUGGCAUUAUUUUAUAACUAAUCAUUCAAUUGUCCAAAAAUCUGAAGAGAUGAUUAAUUGUUAAUUCUUUGCUUUAAAAUUUUUUUUAUAAAAAAAUAUCCUGGGAAUGUUUAUUUGUCAGAUAUCCAUUAUACUUUGUUAUAGGAAAGGGUCUUUUCUAUCAAUAUAUGUGAAUGGGUAAAAAAUGACAAUAAUAUCUGGGAGCUUGUCUGAUGUUGGGGAUGAAAUAAAAUGCUACAUCUAUCCAUUCCUUUUUUUGUCUCACUUUUGCUAUAGACUGUUUCAUCGGGCGCACGCGCCUGGCCCAAAGUUAACUUCCGGUCUGUGUUUGUUUAUCAGUCUGGCUAUGGCACUGGCUACAAACGCAGUUA